AGUCCCAAAUCUCACAGCCGAUACAUCAGGCCGGGGAAUGCAGGCGUCAAAAUGCUAGAUAAUAUCUCAAAGCCUCUAAAUGGUGCUGGUGAACAGGGCGUUUGAAUUCGUGACACAGAUCAAAGUGUAGGGCAACGAGAUAAAGGAUAUGAACUGAGUUUUGUUUUAUUCCUGAAAAGAGCAACUUUACUUAUUAAUCCAAAACGUGAAGGGAUUUAUUUGACAUAAAAUAUAGAAGUGGAUAUCUCUGUCUGCUUGCGAGUCAACCAAUGAAGCGUUCAACAUGACCAAAAGCGAACGUCAAAGGAGACACCUGCCUGAUUCUUGCUUUAAGUGUCGUAAAAAAUGUUGCUGGUUCCUUAAGAAGCUGGUGGUGUUUUGUUUUUCUCAGAUUGGUAUCGUGUGUCUCGUGAUCGCAUACGCGAUCCUGGGGGCUGUAAUAUUCGGUGCCCUGGAAGAAACAACAGAGGAACUGAACCGUGUAAUAGUCGAAGAGCUUAGGAAUACCACUAUAAAGCAGAUUUAUACUCUCAAUAAGAAACUGUUGCUCUAUGAAGAAAAGAACUGGUCACAUGCUGUUGACAAUGUACUGCUAGACUUCCAGAAAGAUAUCUAUUUGGCGAUAACUAGGGACGGAUGGGAUGGAAGGCAGGAGGAUUACGCCGGAGUCUCUGAUUGGUCAUUCACCGGUGCUUUGUUGUAUUCUGUUACCGUUAUAACAACAAUAGGGUAUGGAAACAUUACACCGAAAACCACAGCGGGACGCUUGGCUACGAUUGUCUACGCCUUCGUCGGAAUCCCUUUAACAAUGAUAUGUUUAGCCAACCUGGGACAUAUGUUUGGUAUUUCAUUCAAGGCACUUUAUCGUCGAUUAGUAUGCAACAAGAAAAAAAAAGUUAACAAAACGUCUGAUACCUCUUCGAAAUAUCUCGUAGCUAACCCCCAAAAUAUAAAAAUAGAAGAUGAUGAAAACGAGGCUGUGGUUGUAAUGGCGGACUCUGAAAAGGUUUCAGACACACGAGUUCCUGUGUAUGUGUGUUUUCUUAUUGUUAUUGCCUACAUUCUGAUAGGCACUGUAUUAUUCAGUGUGUGGGAGUCCUGGGACCCCAUUACAGCCGGGUACUUCUGCUUCAUCACACUCAGUACAAUAGGCUUUGGGGACGUUGUGCCUGGACACAGUCUAGAGUCGUGGGCCAGCCAGGCCAAAAGAGUAACAUGUACAUUGUAUCUUCUGUUUGGACUCACUCUCAUUUCAAUGUGCUUCAGCUUGAUGGUCGACGAAGUUCGAGAGAUUGCAAAGAGAUUUGGUCGAUGGAUGGGACUAUUGCAAAGUGAAGCAAACUAAGAUGAAAAGAUGUUGAUUUACUUAAGAGUAGAAUGAUGUAAUUUGAACAAUCAAGAAUGUAAGAAAGUAACAUUUCAUUAUUAUGGUGUCUGUAACACCCAUUCCAAGAUUACACGAACGCUUUUUUUGUGUUUUACCAUGAUCGUGAAUCCUGUGCGACUUAAUUUUAUUGUUAAGCUAGAUGAGAUAUACUGCAUAGGUGACAAAUUAAACAAACGUUUGGAUCUUUUUCACUUAAAAUCUUUUAAAUUUAAUAAGAAUGAUAAAAAAAAUCUUGACAUUUAACGAGUGAGUUUCAAGGCGAAUUUUGUUUUUAACUUUAGGACCAAAUUUGAUUUUAAACUUCUUGCGUCCUAUGUAUACUAGAAUGUGUCGUGAAACUUUAUGGGAAUGUUCUGAAAUACUCCAGAGUUACUGCUUUCCACAUUUUUAAUUUUUUUUACUGUUAACACUAAAAUUCAGGGGGCCUGGGAUCUUGGUCUUGUGCUUUGCAUUUUCUUCCUUUCUGUUACAUUUGGUCCAUGGCCAUCUUCCGAAACUGCCAGGUGAAAGCAUCUAUCUCGAUCUUCGGGGGUGAAGUCCUCUUAGGAGAUGGUGUAGGGUUUGAUCGCUGGUGAUUAGAUAGGCACGUUUGUAGAGCAGCUUAUUAAAGAAUCAGGAGGCCAGAUUCGUAUCUUGGUCUGGUCUGUUGCGUCUAAAACUAAAGUCACCUGAUUCACGAUCAUGCACCCAUGUAUUUAUAGACCCAUGUUGUAUGUUUGUUGUAUCUUUCCUUGUAGAGAUAUUUCUCCUCGGUAAAACACAUUGAUGUAUAUACUUUUAAUUAUAUUUCUAAUGAUAUUGUGAGUUUAACACCCAUCUCAUGCUGUAACGAGGUGAAGACGGGUUAUUUCCUUACUCCAUUUUAUGAGGACCUAUUAUGUUUGAAGUACAUAUAUUUUCUACUACCUAUUGGUAUAAACUAUGUUUCUAUGUAUAGAUAAGAUAGGCAAUGAUUUGAAAUACAGAUUUCGUCAUGUC